AUCAGUAUCACAGAAGACGGUGCAGCAGCAAACUUCACACGCAGCUUUGCAAUUAAAUCUGGAUAUUACCUCUGCUACAGCAAGGACUUGGCAGAAGGCAACYUGGUGGUGGACAUUCAGAUUAUUUCAGACAAAGACGCUCUUCCUCAUGGCUACAUUUGCAUACCAGAGCACCUUGAACCAAAGACCUCCGUUUCGAAGAAAAAGCGUGUGUGUGUUCGCCUCUCCCCUGUGAGCAGUGUGGACACAGCUGUGUUGGACAUCAAGCUGACAGCCAAAAGCAAAAUGAUGCUGCAACAUUACACAUAUGUGGGUGACAUCAAUGGCUACGUUCUGUGGUGCAGAAAAGGGCACUUUUCCAGCCCCGUACCUCAGCCCAAACCUCGCAAGUUCAGCCUGGACAUACGCAGCCUUUCUUUGGAACAACAAACUCCUCCCUCUCUUCCCCUCAAGCCCAGCAACCCUCCUCCUACCCUUCCAGCAGGCAGGCUGAGUCACAGACGGCACACCCUGAACGUCAAGGACAACGUGGACAAGUCUGCUGACAGCAGC